AGAGCCUUCUCCGCCGCGCCCUGCUGGCCCCCCCGCCCCACCUCGCCCCCGGCUGCCCGCCCACCGCCGUACUGCCGUACCUGGGGGACACACACCUGGCCAUUGCCGUACUGUUGCCCUCACCCCCACCCUCCUCCUCCUUCGCUUCUACUUCGGAGCCUCCACCCGGUGAUGAUGGCAGCCGUGGCGGUGGUGGUGCUGCGUUGAAGCUGCUGGAGGGGUUACGAGGAGGCGGCGGCGGUUGCGAUGGAGAUGGUACGGCUGGCGGUACGGAUCUGCCGUACGCUCAGUUGCAGCGGGUGGUUGCGAUGGAGUGCUACUGCCACUGCCUGCGCGCGCUGCUGCCGGCGGGGGGCGGCAGCGGGGCGGAGAGGCUGGCGCUGAUGCAGCAGCCGCUGGGGGCACUACUGGAGCAGGUUCGCCAGUUGCUGCCACAGGAGGCACCCGCCGCCCAGGGCUCCGCACCCGCAGCCGCAGCACCCCCACCCGACCCGGAGCGCGCACAUGCGGCCGCUGCAGCGGUGCUGGCGGCGGGGGUCCUGGCGGCGGCUCGUGACAGCCGGCUGGUGCGGCAGCACGUACCGCAUGUGGAUGCGGCGCAGUUCUGCGGGGGGGACAGCACCUACCGCCGACAGGCAAUCCUGCAGCAGGCGGCCCUCGCGGGGCAGACCGAGGCCGCCGCUCUGCAACAAUCCGCUUCUCCUCCCGCUCCCCAGCAGUCCGGCAGGGAGCUGCUGGCGCAGGCGCGGCAGUUGGCAGCGGUGUACGGCGUCGACCCAUGGGACGUGGAGCUGCAGUACACGUGCGCGCUGAUCACCAGUGCUCCCGCCGUGACGGAUGAGCUCCGAGCUACGGUGCACGCCUGCACAGCUCCAUCCACCGAGCAGCAACAUCUACCCCCGCUGCUGCUGUCUCGCCCGCUGCCGCUGCUGAGCCACCUGGCCAGCGCCGUCUACCC